GUAGUUAAGUUGAUAUGUAUGUAAAUUGUAAACUUUAAGUUGCAUUUUAAAUAGAUAGUAUUAUUUUGCUUUUAAAAUUGAAAUUUAAAAAUAUGUCUUCAUUCUUUUUGAAAAGUGAACCAAAGGUGAAAGGUAGGAAAAGAAAGAAUAACACAGCUUUAAAGCCUAAAACUAAGACUAAAACGAAAAAGGAGGCUGAAGAUGAGGAAAUUGAAAGUGACGAUGCGUUUGGUGAUGAAGGAGAAGAUGAUUUGGAUGGAAAUGAAGAGGCAAUUGCUGAAACUCCUCAAGAAAAAAGACUUCGUUUGGCCAAGCAAUAUCUUGAAGAGAUUGAAAAAGAGGAGAGAAGUAGGAGGGAAGAUGAGGAUAUAACUGAUCAUGUUUCACGCAGAUUGCAGGAUGAGUAUCUUGAUAGCAUUGGAAGGUUACGGAAAAAGAUAGCAGAUAAUUAUACAGGUUAUAACAAGGAUUCCAUUAAAAUUCUCAAACAUAAGCGCCAGAAGCUUCCGCUAACUGUAGUAGUCUCCUCGAAUGAUAAUUCAAUAAUGUUUAGCGGUGGUAAAACUUCUGUAGUUGUAAAAUGGGAUUUGACGACUUUUAAAGCUUUGGGAACUUUUGAUUGUCAGUCGGUAAAUGAAGUAGACUCUAGUGGUAAGAAACGAAGACCACAUAUUAUGGCGAUGGCGAUAUCGACAAAUAUGAAAUUUUUGGCUGUGGCGGAAGGAGGAAAUGAUAUUCAAAUUUGGUGCCCAAAUGAAUUAAAACAUUUAAAAACAUUUAAAGGUCAUAGAGACAUGGUAACUUGUUUGGUGUUUAAAAGGGAUUCUCAUGACUUAUAUUCCGGAAGUAAGGACAGAUGUGUUAAACUUUGGAAUCUUGACGAAAUGGUUUAUGUGGAAAGUCUUUUCGGUCAUCAGAGUUCAAUAACUGGAAUAGAUGCGCUUUCUAGGGAUAGAGCAAUUACAUCAGGUGGGUCUGAUUGUACAGUGAGAAUAUGGAAAAUAACUGAAGAAUCACAAUUGAUUUAUAAUGGACAUAUUGGGGGUAUAGAAAGCGUCAAAUAUAUUAACGACGAAAACUUCUUUUCAUGUGGAACUGAUGGAUCUUUAUGUUUAUGGAGUACAAUGAAAAAAAAACCAUUACACACUUCCAAUUUAGUACAUGGUACAGCAUCCAAUUUAGAACCAAAUUGGAUAUCAGCCAUUAGUUGUGUAUUCAAUACAGAUUUACUAGCAUCGGGCUCAUGUGACGGAUAUAUACGCGUUUGGAAAAUGGACACUAGCAAAAAACUUGUACAAUUAUUUGAAAUUCCUGCACCUGGCUUUGUUAACUCGCUAUCUUUUACUAAUGAUGGUAAAUACUUGAUAGCAGCUUUAGGCCAAGAACACAAACUCGGAAGAUGGUGGAGAGAUAAGAGUGGGCGAAAUGAAAUUCGAGUUAUAGAAUUAGAAAAAAUUAAUAAAAUUGAAAGUUAAUAGUAAUUAAAAAUGAUUUUAAGUUUCUUU